GUACUAUUUUAGAAAUCAUAAAAAUAUUUACCCGCUACGGAUAGUACCGUUUGUUUUAUCUCAAUUUUUGUUAAGCGACCACAAAAAUGAUAAGAACCUUGUGUGUAUGCCAUUGAGUAAAUACUCCUCUAUGGCGCGAGUGUUAUCAACAUUGACAAUAUUUAUCAUAUCGUUACCCGCUGUGUGCAGCUCAUCGCACUCGCGUCUCGCAUUCAUGUAUUUUAACUAUUUUUAAGACUACGCGCUGGAUCACGUUUCUUAUUUCGUUUUAAAUUUUUUCAUUUUGUUUCCAAUAUUUGACGAUGCUUAAGAGAUUUACAGCGAGCGCGCUAUAUGCGAUUCGCCUGCCGAUUAACUGGCAACCGACGUCAAACGUUUGUGUUUGUCGGACUUUGGAAUUCAAGAAAAAUAGAUUGGAGAUUGACAACGAAGAACCUCAAAAAAAGAUUAGACCCAAAACGGUGCCGCAACCAAAAAUUACAUUGUUGGGAUUAGAAAAGGAUGUAUCUGUAGUAACAAUGGAUGUAGCAUCCAAGAUGUGUGAAAGACGAGGCCUGAAAUUGGUAAAAAUUAUUGAUAUUGACACUAAAACACAGCGACCUGUAUACCAAAUGAUGACAGCCAAUCAGUUCCUCAAAGAGGAUCAUAAAAAUCAUCAAAAUAAGGAUGAGAAAAAUCAUAAUCAACUCAAAAAGGAGAAAACAGUACUGAUAAAUUGUCGUAUUGGCCAAAGUGAUUUAGAAUCAAAAGUAAAUAAUAUUCAUAAAUGGCUAUCUAAAAUGCAUGAAGUAAGAAUGACAAUCACUGGUGAUACAGCUAAUGAAGUUGCUGAUGAACUCAUCAAAAUGACUCAAGACUAUUCAAGAGUUGUUCAAAGACGACAAAAAGGAGAUACUGUCAAGUUUCAAUUAUUACCUCCAAAAAUAUCUUAAUUCUUAAUGUUUUAGUUAUAUGUGCCUAUUUUUAAAUAAUAUAUAUUUUUUUUUAA